CAACACCAAAUCUCUCUACGUCGCCGCAUCCACCUCACAUCCCUCUGCUCACCCACUCGCCUGCUAUCGUAGUAACCAUGACCGAUCUCUGCCCCGUCUAUGCUCCCUUUUUCAGCGCCAUGGGCUGCACGAGCGCCAUUGUCUUCACCUGUAUAGGAGCUAGUUAUGGGACUGCCAAGUCCGGUGUUGGUAUUGCAGCAAUGUCGAUACUGCGGCCCGACCAGAUGAUGAAGUGUGUCGUCCCCGUUAUUAUGGCUGGUAUCAUUGCUAUCUACGGCCUGGUCGUCUCGGUGCUCAUCUCCACCAACCUUGCCCCAACUAUGCCUCUGGCCCAAGGUUUCGUGCAACUCGGUGCUGGUCUGUCUGUCGGUCUUGCCGGUCUUGCUGCGGGCUUUGCUAUUGGCAUUGUGGGAGACGCCGGUGUCCGUGGCACUGCGCAGCAACCGCGGUUGUUUGUUGGAAUGAUUCUCAUUCUCAUUUUCGCUGAGGUCUUGGGACUGUAUGGUCUUAUCGUUGCCCUGAUCAUGAACACCAAGGCCGCGGCCAUGUCGACUGUCUGCUAAGUGCUGACAUCGAUGGAACAAGCGAGCAGAGUUGUGUACAUUCACCAAGUGUCCUUGCACUCUGCUUCCCGUAUUGAUACAUAAGCCUUAUUGCACGUACAUGCUCGCAUUCGGACCCGCGAACCAGCAUAACAACAUGGUUUCUCUCACUUUCCUUCUUUCCAUACCUUGUCGAUGUCCUAAUACCGAAUGCAAGGCGUUUACGCAAUACUGCCUGCCA